AUGACGGGGGAAGGGGGCAGGGGAGAGAAAGAGAUUGAUGAAGAGAGAGGGGAGCCAGGCAGGUGAUUUUUGCUGACACCAUAUGCUGUUUUGGACGGGGAUGUACCCGGUGGUAUCAAUGGAAAAGAGGAAAUGAGAAGGAGGGGGGAAAAGAGUGAGGGAUGAGAGAGAGGGAGAGAGAUGAAGAGAGGUAGGGAGGAAUGGAGGAAGAGAGAGAGGGGGAGAGAUUUGAGGAAGAAAGAGAGAGGGACAGAGAGAGGUUUAGCGAAAGAGAAAGAGAGAGAGAGAAGGAUGGAGAGAGAGAGGUAAUUAGCUCCGGAGCGCCAGAAUGUCCCGGGGAGUCGGGAUUUAGGCUCGUGCUUGAGUGCCUCGAGAGUAUACAGUUCUCCGCUCUCUUGGUGUGUUUGUGCGUAUGUGUGUGUAUGUGUGUGUGUGUGCGUGCUUGCAUGCGUGCGUGUGCAUGUGUGUUCGUGUGUGUGUGUGUGUAUUUGUGUAUGUAUGUGUGUGUGCACUGGGGGGAUUCAAGGCUGAGUAAGUGAGGAAGCGUGCCUGGUCUCGGCAUUAAAACGAAAAACAGCCGUUGUGUAACCAAGAAAAUAAAUGAAAUAUGUAAAACAGCAGCACGUCCUGGAGGCAGCUUAUAAUGGAAAAUAGGAGCGAGAGCUAGAUAAUGUCCUAACCCUGCCUUCUCAAUCAUUAAUGAAGGGGAAGUUAGCGUAGCAUUAUUGGACGCUAACGCUACGCUAGGCCUUUCUUCAUUGAGAGGCUUUGAUUUUCCAUGCUAAUUGUGUUAGCGAGGGUUAAUUGACAGGUGUGGUGUGUUGUGUUAGCGCAGUGCUUGUUUGCGGGUCUGGCUGGUAGCAGUGCUAGCGACAGGCUAGGAGAGACAGACAGACAGGUGACGCGGGGAAGCAUCCUGUCCUCCUGUUCUCCUCUAUAAAGUAGGUGAGCAGAUGUCUACCAUUUCCUGGGGGAAGGAGAUAAAUUAAGUUUCCCCUCUCUCUCUCUCUCUCUCUCUCUCUCUCUCUCUCUCUCUCUCUCUCUCUCUCACUCUGUCAUCUCAUUCUAUCUAUCACUUCUUCUCUUCAUCCUACCCUCUCUUCCUAAGUAUUUCCCUCUAAUCUCUUGCUCUAUCAUCUCAACUGCCUCUUACUCCACCCCAAUUGCCCUCUCCCUCUCCUACUUAUUGCCUCACCUCUCUCUCUCUCUUAUCUCUUCCCACCUGUCUCUUUCUGAGUCUCCCAUUUCUUUCCCCUAUGCUCCCACACCCACUAUUUUCUAUACUUUUCGUCUCUCUCUCCUCUCUCCCUCUUUCCGCAAUCCUUUCUCUCCCUCUUUUUGAACCACCCUUCUCCCUUUCCAUCUCUUAUCCCUCUCUCCUUCUCUCUUUCGUCCCCUGCAGGCGAACAAACUUCGCACCAAAACACUGAAGAACACUCUGAACCCGGUAUGGAGCGAGACACUGAUGUACCACGGCAUCACCGCUAUCGACAUGACCACCAAAACCCUCAGGUACUGAACUACAGAGAACUACAACUCCUACUUGUAUAUUAUACUGGCAUAUAUUAUAAAACAACUUGCCUACAGUUCCCAGAGGGCCAUCUGGCCAAUUAAUUAUCCCACGGACAAAGAAAAAAACUGCCAAGCACUCCGGCCAACUGUUCCAUUAGCAGUCGCCGCGGGAACCCACUCAGGUGUUGGCUCUCGUUCGGAGUCUCAGCCCCCUCAUUCCUCGAGUGCUGUUGAUACGGAACGCUGAAGUGAUUGAGGUCGAGCUCAGCAACUUUGUGCGUGUGUGUUCAGUGCAUUCGGAAAGUAUUCAGACCCCUUGACUUUUUCCACAUUUUGUUAUGUUACAGCCUUAUUCUAAAAUGGAAUAAAAACAUUUUUUCCCUCAUCGGCCUACAUACAAAACCAUAAUGACAAAGCAAAAACAGGAUUUUUGAAAUGUCUGCAAAGAAAUAAAAAUAAAAAUGAAAUCAGUACUUUGUUGAAGCACCUUUGGCAGCGAUUACAGCAUUGAUUAUUCUUGGGUAUGACGCUACAAGCUUGGCACACCUGUAUUUGGGGAGUUUCUCCCAUUCUUCUAUGCAGAUCCUCUCAAGCUCUGUCAGGUUGGAUGGGGAGCGUCGCUGCACACCUAUUUUCAGGUCUCUCCAGAGAUGUUUGAUCGGGUUCAAGUCCGGGCUCUGGCUGGGCCACGAAGGACAUUCAGAGACUUGUCCCGAAGCCACUCUUGCGUUGUCUUGGCUGUGUGCUUAGGGUCGUUGUCCUGUUGGAAGGUGAACCUUUGCCCCAGUAUGAGGUCCUUAGCACUCUGGAUCAGGUUUUCAUCAAGGGUCUCUCUGUACUUUGCUCCGUUCAUCUUUUCCUCGAUCCUGACUAGUCUCCCAGUCCCUGCCGCUGAAAAACAUCCCCACAGCAUGAUGCUGCCACCACCAUGCUUCGCCGUAGGGAUGGUGCCAGGUUUCCCCCAGACGUGACGCUUAGCAUUCAGGCCAAAGAGUUCAAUCUUGGUUUCUCAUGGUCUGAGAGUCUUUAGGUGCCUUUUGGCAAACUCCAAGCAGGCUGUCAUGUGCCUUUUACUGAGGAGUGGCUGUAGAGAUGGUUGUCCUUCUGGAAGGUUCUCUCAUCUCCACAGAGGAACUCUGGAGCUCCGUCAGGUUCUGUUUUCGCUUUUCAUUAUGGAGUAUUGUGUGUAGAUUAAUGAGGAUUUUCUUUUUAAAAUCCAUUUUAGAAUAAGGUAAUGUAACAAAAUGUGGAAAAAGGGAAGGGGCCUGAAUACUUUCCGAAUGCACUGUAUGUGUUUGUAUGUGUUUUUGUGUUUGGCACCGUCAUGAUAAUGCAGCAAGGUAAAACCCAUGCCUCAGGGAUAUACACACAGAUAUAGGCACACACACACACACAUACAGUGCCUUCAGAAAGUAUUCACACCCCUUGACUUUUCCACAUUUUGUUUGUGUUACAAGGUGGGAUUAAAAUGGAUUUAAUUGUCCUUUUUUUGUCAACGAUCUAUACAAAAUACUCUGUAAUGUCAAAGUGGAAGAAAAUUCUAACUUUUGUUUUUAAAAAACACACACAAAAACCACUAGUAUAUCUUGAUUACAUAAGUAUUGAACCCCCUGAGUCAAUACAUAUUAGAAUCACCUUUGGCAGCGAUUACAGCUGUGAGUCUUUCUGGGUGAGUCUUCUGGGUAAUAGCUUUGCACACAUGAAUUGUACCAUAUUUGCCCAUUAUUAUUUAAAAAAAUUAUUCAAGCUCUGUAAAGAUGGCGGUUGAUCAUUGCUAAACAGCCAUUUCCAAGUCUUGCAAUAGAUAUUCAAGCCGAUUUAAGUCAAAACUGUAACUCGGCCACUCAGGAACAUUCAAUGUCAUCUUGGUAAGCAACUCCAGUGUAUAUUUGGCCUUUAGGUUAUUGUCCUGCUGUCUCCAAGUGUCUGGUGGAAAGCAGACUGAACCAGGUUUUCCUCUAGGAUUUUGCCUGUGCUUAGCUCUAUUCCAUUUAUUUUUAUCCUAAGAAACUCUGUAGUCCUUGCCAAUGACCAGCAUACCCAUAACAUGAUGCAGCCACCACCAUGCUUGAAAAUAUGAGUGGUACUCAGUGAUGUGUUGUGUUGGAUUUGCCCAAAAAUAACUCUUUGUAUUCAGGACAUAAAGUUAAUUUCUUUGCCACAUUUCUUGCAGUUUUACUUCAGUGCCUUAUUGCAAACAGGAAGCAUGUUUUUGAAUAUUUUUAUUCCGUACAGGCUUCCUUCUUUUAACUAUGUAAUUUAGAUUAGUAUUGUGGAGUAACUACAAUGUUGUUGAUCAAUCCUCAGUUUUCUCCUAUCGCAGCCAUUAAACUCUGUAACUGUUUUAAUGUGUCACGAUCGUCAUAACAAGCAGACCAAGGCGCAGCGCGAUAUGCGUACAUCUUUUAAUGAGUACUUUAUAACAUAUACAAAAACAACAAAACGAUACGUGAAGUCCUAAGGUUAACAAACACAAACCUCUCCGGAACAAGAUCCCACAAAUAACAAGUGCAAAACAGGCUGCCUAAGUAUGGUUCCCAAUCAGAGACAACAAGCCACAGCUGCCUCUGAUUGGGAACCACCCCGGCCAACAUAGAAAUACAUGAAAAUUCAACAUAGACAAUCCACACCCUGGCUCAACAUAUAAGAGUCCCCAGAGCCAGGGCGUGACAUAAUGUCACCAUUGGUCUCAUGUUGAAAUCCCUGAGCGGUUUCCUUCCUCUCCGACAACUGAGUUAGGAAGGUCGCCUGUAUCUUUGUAGUGACUAGGUGUAUUGAUACACCAUCCAAAGUGUAAUUAAUAACUUCACCAUUGCCAAAGGGAUAUUCACCGUUUGCUUUUACAUUUUUUACCCAUCUACCAAUAGGUGCCCUUCUUUGAGAGGCAUUGGAAAACCUCCCUGGUCUUUGUGGUUGAAUCUGUGUUCGACAAUCACUGCUUGACUGAGGGACCUUACAGAUAAUUGUAUGUGUGGAGUACAGAGAGCAGGUCGUCAUUCAAAAAUAAUGUUAAACACUAUUAUUGCACACAGAGUGAGUCCAUGCAACUUAUUAUGUGAUUUGUUAAGCACAUUUUUACUCCUGAACUUAUUUAGGCUUGCCAUAACAAAGUGGUUGAAUACUUAUUGACUCAAGACAUUUCAGCUUAUAUAUAUAUAUAUAUAUAUAUAAUAAAAUAAAUCCCCUUUUUCGUGAUAUCCAAUUGGUAGUUACAGUCUUGUCCUAUCGCUGCAACUCCCACACGGACUCAGGAGAGGCGAAGGUCGACAGCCAUGAGUCCUCCGAAACACGACCCUGUCAAGCCACAGUGCUUCUUGACACACUGCUCGCUUAGCCCGGAAGCCAGCCGCACCAAUGUGUCGGAGGAAACACCAUACAACUGGCAACCGUGUCAGCGUGCAUGCGCCCAGCCCCCAACAGGAGUCGCUAGAGCGGGAUGGCACCAGGACAUCCCGGCCGGCCAAACCCUCCCCUAACCCAGACGACGCUGGGCCAAUUGUGCGCCGCCUCAUGGGUCUCCCAGUUGCGGCCGGCUGCGACACAGCCUGAGAUCGAACCAGUGUCUGUAGUGACGCCUCUAGCACUGUGAUGCAGUGUCUUAGACCGCUGCGCCACUGUUUAAUUUGUAAACAUUUCUUAAAACAUAAUUCCACUUUGACAUUAUGGGAUAUUGUGUAUAGGCCAGUGACACACAAUCUCUAUUUAAUCAAUUUUGUUGUAUUAAUCCAUUGUAACACAACUAAAUGUAGAAAAAGUAAAGGUGUGUGAAUACUUUCUGAAGGCACUGUACACACACUUCUCACCCUCUCUCUAAUGCAUCCGGUCUGGAGUGUGCACUGGACAGAUGCCCUCUGGCAUGCAGUCAAGGGCAGACACUGGACAGAUACCCUCUGGCAUGCAGUAAAGGGCAGACACUGGGCAGAGAAGCCAUGUAGCCCCCCACUCCCCACAGAUACAAACACACACAAAACCCCCCUCCAAACACACACACACACACACACACACACACACACACACACACACCACACUCCAUCUCUUUGUAGAUAAGGAUUCAGGAAAGACCCUGAAUGCCCAGGGAACCCACCUGACCUCCAGCCAAGGAGACAGCCCCUAGACACAGGCCAACCCAGAAGCUAGGGAGAGCCAGGAAAGGAAGGAGAGAAUGGAAGGGGUGCCAGAAAGAGGGGAUAAAAGUUGGGAGAGCGAGUGAGGGGUGCCAAGAAAAGGGGGGGGUAGAGGAGGGGAGACAGCCAGGGAAAGAGGGGGGAUGCCAAGAAAGAGGGAAGAGUGAGAGGGAUGCCAAGAAAGAGGGGAUAGAUGAGGACAGACAGGGGAAAGGAAAGGGAGAAGAGAAUAGAAGAGAGAAUUGGGGUUCCAAGAAAGAGGGGAUAGAGGUGGAGAAAGAGAGGGAACAGGCGAAGAGAAAGUGGCAGAGUGCUUGGGAGAGGAGGAACAUUUUCAGACGAGAAGGAGAGAGAGUGAGAUAGAAAGAGAUAGAGAGUGGGGGAGUGGAUGCAGGGCGAACCAAGAAAGAGAGAAAAAGCUGAGGGGGGAGAGAGAGAGAUGGAAAGAGAAAGGGGCAGAGGGAAAGGAAGAGAGGUGGGGUGAAGAGAGCCUAUGGAGAGAAAGACUGGGGUUAGAUAGAGAAAGACAAGUGAUGGAGUGAGAGAGAAAGAAAGAAAGAGGGAGAGCAGACCCGAAGGAGUUAGGAGAGGGCGUGAGUCACAGUCUGUGGGCACCCUGAUGUGCUGCUUCCCCCCUGGCUUGGCCCGUCCGUGAGACCAGCACCAUUAGUCCCAGCAGGGUAGAUCAGGAGGGGGGGCUACUCAAAACUCUUCCCCCAGCAUGGUGCACUGCCAAGCGUAGAGGCACAGCCAAGACACAGCCUCUCCCCAUGGGGGCAGCCGGGGGAACCAGAGCUAAUGGCUGAACAGCAGGCUGUACACUUGGGGACAAUGACUGGGAAAUGGGAAUUAGCGUAGCAUAGGCAGUGGAUGUGAAUAGGGAAUUGUAGCGUAGCAUAGGCAGUGGAUGUGAAUAGGGAAUUGUAGUGUAGCAUAGAGUGGAUGGGGAUAGGGAAUUGUAGUGUAGCAUAGGGAGCAGAGGGAAUGAUCAUGCUAAUGUGCAUUUAGCAUUCAGCAAGGACUUGUAUUGUGUUUUAUAACUUCAGGCGCAAGGCAUUAGCUGUAACUUCAAUUCUUCCAAACUUGCUGCCCAUGUACUUGUUCGUAGACUGCAGUGGUGGAUCUUGGCAAUUUUAACUGCUACUGAGGUACAAAAAUAUUGAAAAACAGUGCUGUAAAUGUCCUCCUCUUAUAUCAUAUUUCUUGGCUGCAAUCAAUAAAUGUAUGACAAAGGGGAGACAUUAACGAUAAAAAGUUUAGCAUUCUCCUAACUAAUGGUUAAGGUUAGGAUUGGGCGAGGUGAAGUUUAUCCUAGAUCUAUACCCAGGGGAAGCUUGACCCUGGAGCAUCCUACUGUCAGUCAAUGGAGAGCUCCACAGCAGUGUAGGAAAGGUAUGUUGGCUCGGUGUGACAAAACCAUGGCUACCGUCAACACCUUGUCAUAGCCCAGGCAAGACCGACAGAGUGCCAGUCUGAUGCAGAAAUCAAUUUUUCCAUCUCUCAACAGUAGAACCUCAAAGAUACAAACCUCAGAGUUAUGGACCGACCAGUCAACUGAACAGGAUAAAUCAAACCAGUCCAGGACACAUAUUAAAUGAUGAAUAAAAAGGAACUUCUGUCUGCUGCAGACAAACGUAAAAGUUGCUUACAAGCUAUUUAUAAUAUCAGGCUAAAUGAUUAGAAAACACUAACUACGCAAUAAAUAUUUUCAAUAUCGGUUUGAUGCACAGUGACUUUCAAAGUUAGACAUUUCAGUUUAAACCUCCAUCCGACAUGUUCCUAUCACUGAGCUCCUACUGUAUCUCUCUACACUGAGUAUACAAAACAUUGCUCUUUCCAUGUCAUAUACUGACCAGGUGAAUCCAGGUGAAAGCUAUGAUCCCGUAUUGAUGUCACUUGUUAAAUCCACUUCAAUCAGUGUAGAUGAAGGGGAGGAGACAUGGACAUUUAAGCCUUGAGCCAAUUGAGACAUGAAUUAUGUAUAUGUCCCAUUCAGAGGAUGAAUGGGUAAGACAAAAUAUUUAAGUGCUGUUGAACGGGGUAUGGUAGCAGGUGCCAGGUGCACCGGUUUGUGUCAAGAACUGCAACGCUGCUGGGUUUUUCACGCUCAACAGUUUCCCGUGUGUAUCAAGAAUGUCCCACCACCCAAAGGACAUCCAACUAACUUGACACAACUGUGGGAAGCAUUGGAGUCAACAUGGGCCAGCAUCCCUGUGGAACGCUUUCGACACCUUGUAGAGUCCAUGCCCCGAUGAAUUGAGGCUGUUCUGAGGGCAAAAGGGGGUGGGGGGGUCCAAGUCAAUAUUAGGAAGGUUACUAAUGUUACUAAUGUUUGGUAUACUCAGUGUAUAUCUCUAUCUGUCUAUCUCUCUAUCACUUCUUCACGACUGCUGAGGUGCAAUGCAGACAUCUCACCAUCAUGUAAUAUAGAAUAACACAUAACAUGGUUACUGAUCCGUUAUAUAAGAAUUGGAAAAAUAUGCAUGUUACUGCAACCCUGCAGUAUGUCAGCAUCCCAAAUGGCACCCUAUUCCCUAUAUAGUGCACUACAUUUGACCAGAGCCCUAUGCAUUAUAUUGGUAGUAGGGUGCCAUUUGGGACGUAGUGCAUGCCUCACACUGAUUAAGAUGCAGAGAACACGGUUGGGGUGAAAUUGUGAGAGUAUCAUAGAUAGAGAGAGAGAGAGAGAGAGAGAGAGAGAGAGAGAGAGAGAGAGAGAGAGAGAGAGAGAGAGAGAGAGAGAGAGAGAGAGAGAGAGAGAGAGAGAGAGAGAGAGAGAGAGAGAGAGAGAGAGAGAGAGAGAGAGAGAACAAUUACCUAGGCUACAGCCCAGAGGGAUAUGCAGGAAGGUGAGAGAACAUCUGAGAGCAGGAGGGUAGAGUAGUAGUAGUUGAAAGAGUAAACACGACCAGCCGUGUAAAAUGACUAGAAUACCGCAGUUGUCAUAGUGACAUGAGACAAACUCAAGGCCAUUCUCUGUUCUUAAAACGUCUCAAGUGCACUAUAGAGGCACAUGUACUCUCAAUUUUGUUUUUUGCAGACCAUAUUUCUUCAACACAAGAUUUGCAAAAUGUAGGCUUAUUCAACUCCUCUCUUCACACUUCACACUGAGGUUCCGAGCAGAGCUGUUCUGCAACACACAGAGACAUGUAUGUCUGUCUGUCUGUCUGCAGUCAUAGAGGACAGACAGGCAGGCAGGCAGACAGACAGGACAGACAGACAGACAGACAGACAGACAGACAAAGCGGACAGACAGACGUACAGACAGGGGCAGGCAGACAGACCAACAUGUACAGCACAGCGUGCACAGGCAGACAUGUACAGCACAGAGUAUAGCUACAGGUUACUGCCAAAAUGAAGGAAACACCAACAUAAAGUGUCUUAUUAGGGCAUUGGGCCACCACGAGCCAGAACAGCUUCAACGCACCUUGCCAUAGAUUCUACAAGUGUCUGGAACUCUAUUGGAGGGAUGCAACACCAAUUUUUUUUUCAUGGUGGAGGAAAAUUUUGUCUCAGGUGACGCUCCAGAAUCUCCCAUAAGUUUUGAGUUGAGAUCUGGUCACAUGAUCAUGGCAUAUAGUUUAUAUCGUUUUCAUGCUCAUUAAACCAUUCAAUGACCACUCCUGCUAUGUGGAUGGGGCAUUGUCGUCCUAUGGGGGCAUAGCCAUGGUAGCCAAAAUAAUGGCCUGUCCAGCAUGUUUAUACAUGAGCCUAAGCAUGCUGGGAUGUUAAUUGCUUAAUUAACUCAGGAACCACACGUGUGGAAGCACCUGCUUUUAAUAUAUUUUGUAUACCUCAUUUACUCAAGUGUUUCCAUUAUUUUGGGAGUUACGUGUAGAUCAGUGAGGCUUAUUCUUCUUUGAGUGCCCAGAGUUUGCAGCUAGAUCAAAUGAGCAUACUCCCCACUGCUAGCUCUUGAGAGGAUAUGUCUGUUUCUCACUUUCUGUGUGUGUGUGUGUGUGUGUGUGUGUGUGUGUGUGUGUGUGUGUGUGUGUGUGUGUGUGUGUGUGUGUGUGUGUGUGUGUGUGUGUGUGUGUGUGUGUGUGUGUGUGUGUGUGUGUGUGUGGCAUGCCUGUCUGUGUGUAGGCUUUGUGUGUGCGACAUGGACAGACUCGGUCGUAACGAGUUUAUCGGAGAGGUCCGGGUUGCCUUGAAGAAACUGAGCGAAGGCGAGAGCAAGAGAUUCAAAAUGGGUCUGGAGAGAAUCACACAGGUAUAUGUGUGUGUGUGUGUGUGUGUGUGUGUGUGUGUGUGUGUGUGUGUGUGUGUGUGUGUGUGUGUGUGUGUGUGUGUGUGUGUGUGUGCAUGCGUGUGAGUAUAUGCGUGUGUGUGUGAGAGAGAGAAACAAGGAGAGAGAGUGUGUGCGUCUGUGGGUGUGCGUGUGAAUGCGUCAGUUCGUCAAAGGGCUCUAUUGAUUUACAAACUGUGUAUUGAAUUCAACCUCCCUUCUCCCACUCAGAACAAAGACAUCAACAAAGAAACCGUGGAGCAAGGAACACCUGUGGCUGAGGAAGAGGUAAGAAGAUUACCAUAAAUAGUAGAGAUUGUCAUAUACUGUAGAUAAAGUAGUAGCAGGAGUAGUAACAUUAGUUGUGGUACUACUAGUACCAUAGUAGUAGUAGUAGUAAUAACAGUGGUGGCACUAUGAUAGUAGUAAUACUAAUCUCAGUGUUAUUGACAGUCCUGUCACUGAUUUCCCAACAUGCAAUUAAAUUAAUCUUAUUAUUUUAAUUCAUUUUAUAUAUUUUUUGUUCCUUCAAUUUUAAAUGACCCUAUUUGUAGUAUGUUUUUAAUUGUCUGCUUUAUAUGUAUUGGCUUUAAUCUAUGAACAAUCAGUUCGUUGACUAUCAAUAAAGUUUAGUUUAAAUUUGUAGUGGUGUCACGGCUAAUUGUGUCCCCCCUCCCCCAGCGUGGUCGUAUCCUGGUGUCGCUGUGCUACAGUCCAGAAAAGAGCUGUCUACUGGUUGGCAUCGUACGCUGUGCCCACCUCGCUGCCAUGGACUCCAAUGGGUACUCUGACCCCUUCGUCAAGAUGUAA